GGGAUUUAUCUUUAUAUGACUGAUCUGGUGUUUAUCAAACGACAGGGCUUGUAUUUGUAGAAUUAAUGGGUUUACACCGCCCACUACUUAGGUAUCAUCCGAUUCAUUUGGUGCAGUUUAACUUUAAUGAUGGCUUGGUUAAAAAGUAUUUUAUUAUUGUGUCUGUGCUUCAUAAUUUGUAUUAAAUGCGAUCAGCUGAAAGUUUCUGUGUAUUACGAAGCGCUAUGCCCAGACAGCAUACGAUUUGUUACACAGCAGUUAUUUCCAACUUAUAAGCUCCUGGGUAACGAUUUUGAUUUGGAUUUGGUUCCAUUUGGAAAAGCCUCCGCUAACAAUGAAAAUGGCAAAUGGGAAUUUACUUGUCAACAUGGCCCCCGUGAAUGCUACGGAAAUAAAGUUCAAGCGUGUGUGUAUGCUCAAUACUCAGCACCAGAUUCAGUAUUAUUCAUUGAUUGUGCUAUGCUUUCCGGACACGAUUGGGAAGAUGAAUAUUUGGAAAAUUGUACAGCACAGACUGAAAUUAAAUGGACUGAAGUAAAGCAUUGUUUGAACUCUGGCAGAGGAGAUGAACUUAUGGUAACCAACUACGAAAAAACGAAGGCAGUCACUCCAAAUAUAACAUUCAUUCCCACAAUAACAUUCAAUGAUGUGUAUAGUCAAAGUUUGCAAGAUAAUUCUUUGAAUGAUUUACAAGGGGUGAUAUGUAGUCUUCUGGAUAAUCAACCACCACAAUGUAAUACGGAAGUGGAUGAACCUGACUGUCCAACAGAUGAGAAAUUAAAAAUAUCAGUGUAUUACGAAGCAUUAUGUCCUGAUAGCGUCAGGUUUGUACGGAACCAAUUAUACCCGACAUACAACACAUUGGGUACACCAGACCACUUUUUUAACGUAGAUCUGGUUGCAUAUGGUUUUGCUAGUGCAAAUAAUGAAUCAGGAAAAUGGGAAUUUACUUGUCAACACGGUCCUGUAGAAUGUUAUGCUAACAAAGUUCAAGCGUGUGUUGGGGACUUACACACCACAAAGGAAAAUAUAGAUUUCCUAUACUGUGCAAUGGAAGAUAGGGAAUGGAAAGAUGAACAUUUGGAAAAGUGCGCAAUCCAAACGGGUGUCACUUGGAAAACAAUUAAAAAUUGCGUUGCAUCUGAUCAUGGAGAUUUGCUUUUGGUUGAAAAUGGUAAAAAGACAGCUGCUGUGAAACCUGCAAUUAAUUUUAUACCCACUAUAACUCUACAAGGAUUCUACAAUCAAACCUUAGAGGAUAACAUAUUGACUAAUUUUAAAACUGUUGUUUGUGACUAUUUAAAUCACGAAGCACCAGGAUGCGAACAUCAUCCUGAAGUUACAAUAAUUUAAUUUAAGCUUAAAUUGUGACUAUUCUGUGUUAUAUGUUAUAUUAAAUUAAGUAUAAUAAAAGAAUUUUAAAGAUUAGUUUUAUAUCCACUAUAAUCCUUCAAGGAUUCUAUAACCAAUAUCUAGAAGAAAACAUAUUGCCUAAUUUCAAAACUAUUGUUGGUGAAUACUUAAAUUAGGAUGCACUAGGCUGCGAAGAUCAACUCGAAGUCAAUAUAAUUUAUAUUUAAAUUGUGACUAUAUUGAAAAUUAUAUUUUUGAAAUUAUAAAUAACAGAACAAUGUUAGCAUUUUACCUACUAUAAUCCUCCAAAUAUUUUCUAAGCAAAUUCUAGAAGAUAAUAUAUUAACUGUUAUGUGUGAUUAUUUGAACCACGAGGCACUAGGAUAUGAUCAUCAAUUUGAAGUAAAAAUAAUUUAAUUUAUACCUAAAUUGUGACUAUAAUGAUAAUUAUAAUACUUUUUUAAAUUAAAUAUAAUAAAACAAUUGUAAAGAUUA